CGAGCGUGUGGAUGUAAAAUAUAUAAAUAUAUAUAUAAUAGUGAUGAUUUGUGGUGAUAGUAGUAGUGAUGAUAAGUCUGGCAAAGUGCAAGAGUAAGAGAGAGGGAAGAUAUCAAAUUGCGGAACAUCCGGAGUAUCAAAGUGGGAAAAAUUCUUGGGUAUAUGCAACAGAGAAAGCUGAUAGUAUGUAGUAUGUGUUUAAAUACGAGAUAGUUAUAUGUAUAUAUAUAUAAGUAUAUAUAUAUGCAAUGGUAUGAAUUAGUAAAUGUGAGCACACUCUUACUCUGUGACUAUGAACUCAAUUGAGUCUUGUGUUGAAUCUUGGUUGGUUUGGUCGUCGCGGUCGUGAAUGUGGUGCUGGUGCUGUAACUCGUGUGCUGAUGAUCUGAUUCUGAUGGUGAUUGAGCAGUAGGAGUGAUAGUGAUGGUAACGACAAGUUGCUCUGAAGAUUCGCGUGAGCGGGGCGCAAUUGAAUAUUAAUUUAAGUACUCGCGGUAAUUUUUUUACUCAUGUCAUGAGUAGGGAUGAUGGACGGGUCAGUACGACAACUAGAAGGCAUUGCAUUGAGGACUGAAUUUAGUGUCUCAAGUAGGUGCUGUAGACCAUAAUGAAAUACAACAACUUGUAGUAGUUGCUGGUACUGCUGCUGUUAUUGCUGCUAUUGCUGCUGCUAAUCUUGCUAUCGCUCUGUCAAAGCUUGCCACUAUAAAUUAUUAUUAUUUUAAAAACACAUUAAGCCGAGUAGUAAAUGGACGCGGCCAUGUUUACUUGUGGUGGCAAUAAAAAUAAUUAUUACAAAUUUUAUUAGCAGAGAGAGUUGAAGAUAAUAUUAAAAAAUAUAUAAUAUUUACCGGUGGAAUUAUCGGACUCGGGCCCGGAUAUUUAACGUGAACGGAGCUUGUGGACAUAAUGCCGGGAUGCGACGUGAAGGCAAGAUAUCUGCCAGCCACCUUCGCGUGGAUCCUCUUACUCAGCACCACGACCCUCUUUUUUUAUUAUCCGUGCCAAUACUAUCUCUUCAAAUACCCAUGGGUACCGGCUCUCCAAGGAGUGAUUGCCUUCUUUGUGCUGGCCAACUUUACCCUUGCGACUUUUAUGGAUCCAGGUGUAAUUCCAAAAGCACCUCCAGAUGAAGAUAAAGAAGAUGAGUUCAGGGCGCCGUUAUUUAAAAACGUUGAGAUCAAUGGGAUAACUAUUCGUAUGAAGUGGUGUGUCACUUGUAAAUUUUACAGACCACCUAGAUGUUCGCACUGUAGUGUCUGCGAUCACUGUAUUGAGACAUUUGAUCAUCAUUGCCCCUGGCUAAAUAAUUGUAUUGGAAGAAGAAAUUACAGAUUUUUUUUCUGUUUUUUAUUAUCACUUAGUUGCCAUAUGCUCAGUAUAUUUGGGCUCUGUUUAUAUUUUGUUUUGGAACAUAAACAAAAGCUUGGAGAAGUCGAUACGACAAUUGCUAUGGUGCUGAUGGGCGUGGUAACAUUAUUAUUUAUUCCAAUUAUUGGACUAACAGGGUUCCACGUGGUGCUUGUGUCAAGAGGACGCACGACAAACGAGCAAGUCACCGGUAAAUUUCAAAAUGGUUAUAAUCCAUUUUCACGUGGAUGCUUUCAUAAUUGUUGUUAUACACAAUUUGGACCACAAUUUCCUAGUUUAAAGAAGCCCGAAAAGUAUUUAGAAAAACGUCGCGGCGCAUCUGCCUCCGAGAUAUCGACGAUAGGAAGCGAGAACCAGGUAAAGACCUACAUGGAUAGCAGCAAUGGUGUUAGAAAUGCCAGUUCAAAUGCUUACAAUAAGUUAUCUCCUGGACGAGACGGAUCAGAUACGGAUAUGGAGCCAACGGCUUCACAGUCUGCGGAUUGUGAACCAACGCCUCCAUUACAAAGACACGGAUCUAAAAGUAACUUUUUCCUGCCACCUGUCGAGACAAACGACUCGCCUAGACAUCCGCCUCCACAGCAUCGUCAUCCGAUGCACUAUCCACGCGGAAGUCCGCACCCACGAUCUAGGGGAAUGAAUGGCUCGCGCAGUCAUACGCCGGAUGCAUUGUCGCCGGAAGGAACGGGAUCGCCAGCCGCUGGUCCGCAAAGAGGUCAGGGUCAAGGUGGCGCAAGCCCAACUAUGCAGCAACGCAUCAGAGCAAUCGGUGUGCCCACGCCUCUUGCCAUUUCCAGUCCAAUUCGCAGAUCGAAUCCAGGUACACCGACGCAAAUACGUCGGCCAGAUUUCAUUGGUGUCACCGAAGCACCAACAUACUACGAUGUCCAGCAUCACAACAAUACCGGCGGGAAUGUGCCAGGUUACAGCCCACAACGUCGUUUUUUGUCUGAAAGUGAGUUAAUACGUCAAAGCAACGAGCAUCCUUAUUCACGUACCAACAAUACCGUCGAUAAUAUACGUGAAUUAGCGGGCUCUCCGCAACGUGGUGUCUAUAUGUGGAAAGACAAUUCACCAAGUGGUUAUCCAGGUCCACCGGGUAUGAGUGGUGUCAAUAUGGGCGGUAAUAAUAUCGGGAUACCCGUACAUCCAUCAGCGUUAUCGCAACGACCACCACCCUAUGAUUACUAUUGUUCGAAUCCAACAAGCCCGACACAACAGCCAUACUCUAGUGCUCCACGUGCAGCUUAUCAUCCUGCCUCGCGAGGUGGUGUGCCUGUAUUCCCACCCCCUCAUCAGUCGCCUCAGGUUAAGCGAAAAAACCCAGCGACUAUGGCAACACCAACAACUCCAACGUCCAACGACGCGCGACGUCGACCCAUGUCAUUCGUACGUGCUUUGGAGAUGAAUGACUCGAUGGAGAUGGUGUCGAUACCCAAUGAUACGAGAUCAUCCCAGAGACCAACAACACCAACACCCGAUCGCACGAGUGUUUAUGAUAUGAACUAUGAAAUAUCUGUAUAGCCACGCUUGAUGGUCUCCGUCCCAAACGGUUGGACGGGGAUUACGGAUAAACCGGCUGCUUAUAUUUAUAGAACUUAUGAUACUGGCCAUGAGUUGUCUGUUUAAUUAAUAUAAUAAUAAUACGAAUAAAUAAUAAUUU